AUGCACUCUUCUUCACUCCUUAUUGUAGGCUUUGCAGCUCUUGCUGCAGCCAAACCAGCUGCUCAGGGGAUUGAUUUUGCCUCCAUCAAUGCUAUUGUUCUUCCAACCAUCACUGGUCCACACCCAACUGCCACCAAAGAAUCUAUAGUUAUCGACAACGCUGCUGCUUCCGCUUCAGGAUCUGCUAAAGCUACCGGUCUUGCUACUGCUUCAGCAACUGCUUCGCAAAAUGUCAAACGUACUUACGGGGGUUGGGGCGGAAAUGGUGGAUGGGGAGGAAAUGGCGGAUGGAGUAACGGAGGAGGAAGUGGAGGAGGAAGUGGAGAAGCCGCCAGCACAAGUUGCACAACCACUCAGAGCACUCCCACCUCAACUACAGCCCAAAACAGUGUUCCUACUUCUUCUACCGCUGCUGUACCAGAAACCACCCCAGAUGUCAGCAAAGCAUGUGCAAUUCAACCGGAUGGUUAUGGACCAAAGGUUCAACCAGAUACCGUUGAUGCUUUCCUCGCUUAUACUCAAUUCCACACCGAUGCCAAGAAUGCCGCCACUCCCUCUGGCUAUACUCAAUCUUUUGUCGAUCUCAACGCUGCAGUAACUGCUGUCACCUAUCUCGGACUCACCACCUUCACCACCUAUGAUGUUGCUCAGUGCGGUUCCCUCUGCGACAGCACUUCGCUCUGCACUGGUUUCAACAUCUACGUUGAGCGUGAUCCUUACAUGAACCCAUCUGAUGCAUGCAAGAACCCAGCUUCCAUCACCAACUACAAGUGUACUCUCUGGGGCUCCGGCGUCAGUGCUGAAUCCGCCACCAACACCGGUCAAAUGCGCACUGAUUUCCAAGUCGUCAUCACCGGCUCCAACGGAUACUCCAAGACCGUCACUCCUGCACCACAACCAGGCUGGCAGCCACCUCAACAAUGCGGUGGUGGAAACAAGGGACACUCUCACCCAAACACCUGCUUGGGACAAGCCUUCUUCCCCGGUCCAUACAACCCCGCUGUCUGCGCCGGCUAUGCUACCGCCCAGAACUCUAAGAAUCUUUCCCUCAUCUCCUGGUGGAUGCAAAUGAUCUACAAGUUCUUGAACUACUCUCCAUUCCAAUGCAAGUUCUUCAACUCCUACAUGUUGAAGAAGAACGGAAAGCCAAUCGGUACCCACUGUUCCUUGUUCGCUCAAUCCUACUCCAGCAACCAAGCUACCUAUAACCCCGGUCAACAAGGUUCCGAUAGCUGGACUUGCGAGAGCUCGUACACUUAUACUCUUAACUAA